CAAACUUGGAGACCCGUGCACACAGACGGACACGCAGUGAGUCUCUCUCAGCCCUGCCUGCCCUCCUGUCUGCCUGUGUGAGUCUUCUCCCUCCGACUCUAUGAAGAAGUUCUUCAGCAUGGUGCUGCACAGUCUGGUUAGUGUAACCAAGGACAAGGACAAGGCCUGGCUCCAGAGGGUCCGUCCCGGGCCGCAGCCACAGCAGCUGAGAAACCAGGGCAGGAAGACACCAUGCAGGGCGGAUAAGAUGAUCCUGACAGUGUACUUGAGUGACAGCCAGCAGAUGCUGACAGAGGUGCCCAUCACCCCAGAGACCACUUGUAAGAAUGUGGUUGAGUUUUGUAAGGAGGCCGGAGAGAACGGGUGUCACCUGGCUGAGGUCUGGAAGGGAAAAGAGAGAGUGAUCCCCUUUGACUACCUGAUGUAUGAGCACCUGCAGAAGUGGGGUUCUAGGAGGAUGGAGGUCAGGUUCUACCUGAGACACGAAGACUCCCCCUCAGAGAGCAGAAACCAGGGGACCCAGCUCUCUCAGGACCAGUCCAGCAAAGGCAGUAGAGGGAGCUCAGACCAGCCUUGUGAGGACAGGGUGGGGAACCCUAGCGUGGAGCUGUCUCUGUCGGAGCUGCAGGAGAUGGCCACACGUCAACAGCAACAGAUCGAGGCCCAACAGCAGAUGCUGGUUGCCAAGGAGCAGCGUCUGAGGUACCUGAAGCAGCAGGACCACACACAGGGCCAGACAGCGUCAGAGGCUGAGAAGCUGCAGAGGUUGAAGGAGCGAGUGGAGAGUCAGGAGGCCAAACUAAAGAAGAUCCGCGCCAUGAGGGGCCAGGUGGACUACAGCAAGCUCAUCAAUGGCAACCUGUCGGCUGAGAUCCAGCAUGUGAGUGGGCUGUUCCAGGAGAAGCAGGCAGAGCUGCAGUCAGCUGUGGUGAAGGUGGACCAGCUCACCCAGCAGCUGGAGGACCUGAGGAGGGGACGUCUCAAUGGCCUGCAGCCCCUAGGAGGACCUCUCACUGGCACCGCCGCCCUGGAGCUACGCAAACUUUACCAGGAGCUACAGCUGAACGCGGAGCAGGGCGGCAGGCUGCAGCAGAACAAGGAGCUGCUGAAUAAGCGCAACACAGAGGUGACCAUGAUGGACAAGCGCAUCUGGGAUCUCCGCGAGCGCCUGCAUAAGAAAAAAGCUGAGCUUAACAGGAUAAAUGGGCCUCCCUCCCCCCAGCCCACCCCCAGCAGCUCAGGGCGCGUGGCCGCUGUGUGUCCCUAUAUCCAGGUCCCCAUCCCAGGCAGACAGGAGGGAGGCUACGCUCUGCCCCCAGACCCCUUAAAACCACACUCUGUCCCUGGGACUGGCCCCAUCAACCAUGGCCGCUCUAAAUCAGAGGAGGAGGGGUGCGGUGUGAGGAAGCCCUCCGGCCAAUGGAAGGUCUCAGAUUUAGACAUCAUAGUGGACCCCGUGGAGCUGAGAGAGGGGCCCCGGUCCCCCUCAGGGGCCCACGGUGCCAACACCAAUGAUGCAGUGUGGCCCACCCUGAGUAAAAGUGUCUCCUCACGCCAACCUUCAGAUUGGAGGAAAACCAGCCCAGACCAGAGCCUUGACUCCAGUAAGCUACCAGGAGGAUCCGUGUCCAAACCACCACCCAUCUACGGCACUUACCCUGCACCUACUGGCCACCCGUCUAUAGUCUGCUCUACCAGCUCCCUGCCCAGGUCUGCCCCUGCCACCUUAGCCUGGCAGCGCUCAGCCCCAACCCCUGCACCUCCUGGUUCCUCCUCCCAGCAGAUCCAGCAGCGUAUCUCUGUCCCCCCCAGUCCCACACCCCAGCCGGGCCCGGGAGAGAGGCCUGACCCCCCGCUGGCUGUGGCUGUGAGGCCCUACGUCCCAGACAGGUCCUCCUCCAGGCCUCAGUCCCCCAGGAAGGGCCCAGCCACCAUGAACUCCUCCUCCAUCUACCACAUGUACCUGCAGCAGCCUGCAGCCAAGAGCUACCCAAUAGGAGGCAGAUCUGCUGUCAAAGCAGUGUAUGGGAAACCAGUGCUUCCCUCCAGCACCUCUCCCUCCCCUGUGCCUUUCCAACACGGGGCACUGUCCCCAGGAGGAGGCCUGGGUGGUGGAGAGGACAUGGUGGACAGGGAAGGGGACACCACAGAGGGUAGACUCCUACCCCCUCCCAGUGUGGAGAACAUCCCGCGGCCCCUGAGCCCCACCAAGCUGACCCCCGUGGCCCACUCCCCGCUGCGUUACCAGAGCGAUGCCGACCUGGAGGUCCUGCGCCGGCGGUUGACCAACGCGCCGCGCCCGCUGAAGAAACGCAGCUCCAUCACAGAGCCAGAGGGCCCCACCGGACCCAACAUCCAGAAGCUCCUGUACCAGCGCUUCAACACCCUGGCCGGAGGCAUGGAGGGCAGCAACAACACUCCGUUCUACCAGCCUGUCUUCAUGGGUGGUGUCCUGGGAUGUCCUGACAUGGACAACAUCAACACUGCUAAUGGGAACCUGAUGGAGACAGCCUCCCUUGUGGUCACUGCAGCAGAGGGUCCCAAUUCAGACCAUCGCCUGUCCCCUUCCUCUGACUCCAAUGAAAAUCAGAAGCAGAGGACCCCCCCACCCAGUGAGACCAUUCCCUGCUUGCCCACCCCUCAGCCCAGCCAGGAAGACAACAACAACAACAACCAGCCUGGUCCUACCACCAACAGCACCACCUCCACUCCAAGGCCCAUCCCUGAGGCCUCGUCCCCCCAGCAGAAAGACACCUCUCCCCGGACUGUCACACCCCCGGCAUUGCCUAAGAUCAAGAGGACUAACCUGAAGAAGCCUGAGUCAGAGCGGAUAGGCCACGGGCUGCGGGUCAAGUUCAACCCUCUGGCCCUGCUACUGGAUGCCUCUCUGGAGGGAGAGUUUGACUUGGUGCAGCGGAUCAUCUAUGAGGUUGAGAACCCCAGCACGGCCAAUGACGAGGGCAUCACCCCCCUUCACAAUGCCGUAUGUGCUGGACGUCACCACAUCGUCAAGUUCCUGCUCGACUUUGGGGUCAACGUCAACGCUGCUGACAGCGAUGGAUGGACCCCACUACACUGUGCAGCCUCCUGUAACAGUGUACAUCUCUGUAAGAUGCUGGUGGAGUCAGGGGCGGCCAUCUUUGCCACCACCAUAAGUGACGUGGAGACAGCGGCUGAUAAGUGUGAGGAGAUGGAGGACGGAUACACACAGUGUUCCCAGUUCCUCUAUGGGGUGCAGGAGAAGCUGGGUGUGAUGAAUAAAGGGUCAGUGUACGGGCUGUGGGACUACGAGGCCCAGAGCUCAGACGAGCUGUCCUUCCACGAGGGAGACGCCAUUACCACUCUGAGCCGCAGGGACGACGCUGAGACAGAAUGGUGGUGGGCCAGACUACAUGACAAGGAGGGAUACGUGCCACGCAACCUGCUAGGGUUGUAUCCAAGGAUCAAGCCUAGACAACGUUCUCUGGCAUAGAGAAGACGAUGCACGUUGCUGAGAAGAUAGUGCACGUUGUUGUGCUGGGACUGGGCUCAGAGCUGGAGCUGACUAGACUUGCAGACAGUGGCAGCGCCUGGACAGUGCCCUCUCUGUGUCAGUCUGUGCCACCCCAGAACAAAGGACAAGGGCCAGGGCAUGGACAGAGUGGCCUAUAUCUGGACAGACAGACAGACAGGCUCGGUAUUGGUGGUCACUUACCAAAUAGGAAGAAGAGCCAGCAUACACCACCCGUAGAUCCCUGUCUGCAUUUAAGGUUUCGCUUUUCUCCCUGACUAAGCUGACUUUUUCUCAUUGGUUCAUGAAGCAAUGAAGGACCAUUUUUACUUAUUUUUUUCAACAACUCCCACCGCCCUGCCACCACCCCUCAUUCAGAGAAUACUCUGGAUCUGGGCUUCCCAUUUCCCUCUCUCACUCUGUGUUUUUCUCCUGUGUGUCAGUCGAGUAAGGACUUGAAUGUGAUAAUCUCAGAGAAGGGAGCAGAGGACAGAGGCAGUCAUGAGUUAGUGAAUGUGGGUUUGAACUAAGUGCUGUUAGAUGAAGAUGGACAGUUACCCUGCAAGGCAAAUCUUCAGGGUUUCAGUGGACGAAAGAAAGCAAGAGAUAAGAUAAUGUUUUUACGAGAUGAGAAAUGGACAGGACGAAAUGUGACAGCAGGUGUUAUUGAGCGACUUUGAAGGCUGGUUAAAGCUACUGAAAGAGAUGUGGAAUGUUUAAAACAGUCAUACAAUGUUGGUUUUAUUUUUGCGAACCAAAAUGUGUUCUGAAGGAAUGAGGGGGAGAGGUAGUGCUGGGAUAGGAAAGUGAGAGGUGCAGUAUUUUCUUCUACAGAUAUAAUAACUAUGAAGCUAACUAUGGGUGUGAAUUGAAACUAAGCUCAUCAAACACUCAUAGGCCUACAGUAUAUAAAUGCUUUAUCACCCAAACAGGAGGUCUAUAGUUAGGAUCUCUCUUUGGCGUUUGUAUUCAUAUUGAGUUAAAUUUAGGCAGAAGUUUGUACAUUGUGCUAUUUUUGUUUCAGGUUGGUUGUUGUCUAUUUAAUAGCCAUCAUGCAAAUUGAUACACAAUUUCAUCACUGAGUAUAGCCUACCUGUUGACCGACGCUGGCUUGAUUUACUGGUUGUGUAUUACAGUCUGCUGUAUGGAUGGGUUAUGUGACAUACAAAACAAACACCAAUCAAUAUGCUGCAAAAAAAAAUUAUGUACACAAUAAAUAAUUA